AUGUCGCAUUCCAUUCUGUUCCGUGAUGAAGAUCGGGGAGUCAUUUUAAUCGACGGACCCAAGUCCAUUGAGGAGGCUCAACUCUUGAGUCCUGUGAGGUCUCCCGGGAUACGGAGGCUUGUCUCAUCAAAACCGCCUGAGGAGCCCUUCAAGACUCCAGAACCUAAGCAACCCCAACUCAACCCGAGUUUGGGAGCUGCCUUGGCGGAUCUGACAGCGGCAGCCGCCGUCGAAGAUGCUCAGAAACUGCUGCACGAGUUGUACUCGGGGCCAUGGUGCUUACCCCGGAUUCAUGCUAUCCAGGACAAAGAGCCGGAGGGAGAUGGGCGAGACAAGAAAAGGAAAGCAGUGGAAAUUGAUACUUCAGAGGAAGUCCUCAGUGACGCAGUGAUCCCUGGAGGGUCAGUGUACCUCCAAGGGACCAUAUCGUCGGAACGAUCUCGCUUCAUGAAAGAAGCUCCCUUGUUCGAUCUCAUAGUCAUGGACCCUCCAUGGCCGAAUCGUUCAGCGCGUCGAAAGAAGGAAAGCUACCACACAGCCAACGAUCUCGACGACAUCCGCGAGACUUUGUCACUCAUCCCCGUCACGUCUCACUUAGCACCCGAGGGCCUGGUCGCUGUCUGGAUCACCAACAAAGCAAGCGUGUUGGAGUUGCUAACAUCACCAAGAGGUCUAUUUGCCGAAUGGGGCCUGGAAAUUGUAGGCGAGUGGACAUGGCUCAAGGUCACAACGGCUGGCGAGCCGAUGGUGGAUGUCGAGUCUGCGUGGAGAAAGCCAUGGGAGCGGCUCUUGAUUGCUAAGAAGCGAGGGACCAAGAGGUCGAAACUGCCUAGCCAAGGGCGAGUGAUCGUCUCCGUGCCUGAUCUUCACUCGCGCAAGCCUAAUCUGCGACCUCUAUUUGAGGAUAUCUUGCCUCUGGGGUAUCAGGGUCUCGAAAUAUUCGCCAGAAAUCUCACAGCAGGGUGGUGGGGCUGGGGAGAUGAGGUCCUCAAAUUCCAGCAGCCAGAACAUUGGGUAGAACCGUAG